AUGGAGAGCUCUGACGGCGCUAGGGUUUUGGGAGACACGGAUGCCACGAUGAUGGAUAUUCCGGGGAAGGGGCAACCGCCGGAUGGGGCGGUCUCUUGGGCAUCGAUGGUGAUGGGCACGAGCGCAGGAGGACGACCACACCCCGAGGAUUUACUGACGGAUGCGUUUGUUGUGGAGAGGCUAAGCGUUGAAUUCCCGAAUGGAGUGGAAGGGGAACCGGUAAUCAAGAUUGGUCAGGAGGUCUUAGAGGCGAUGAACGGACUCUGGAAGCAGUGUAUGAUCGUCAAAGUUCUGAGGAGGACGGUCCCGAUUUUCGUGCUAACGAAGAAACUGCGGGAGUUGUGGAAACCAAAGGGAGUUAUGACGGUUUUAGAUCUCCCUCGAGGUUUUUUCAUGGUGAGGUUUGGAGAGGAGGAUGAAUACAUGGCCGCGUUGACGGGGGGUCCAUGGAAAGCUUUUGGCAGCUACUUAUUGGUGCAGGCGUGGUCGCCGGGAUUUGACCCCUUGAGAGAUGAGAUUCUGACGACACCGGUUUGGGUCCGGCUAUCGUACUUACCAGUCAACUUCUAUCACAGGUCUAUCUUGAUGGGGAUCGCUAAGGGUCUCGGGAAACCGUUGCGAGUCGAUCAGACGACUUUGAACGUGGAAAGAGCUAGGUUUGCGAGGGUUUGUGUGGAAGUGAACUUGGGACAACCGCUGAAAGGAACGAAGCUUCGGAAGUUUGGCCGCGCGCGGAGGAGUUUCCGACGUCCAAAAGUUACGAUCUUGAUAUGGAAAGAUAGAUACUUGAAUCAUGCAUCACGUCGAAGUGGAAUGAAGCCAUUUGGAUCAACUAUGAGGCCUAGACUUAUUUUCUACCGAGACAUGUCCGGUAAGCGAGCAAACGAAGCCCAUGGAGGACUAGCUCACAUGUCCUUCACACCUCUUGAUUGA